GCCUGCAAGGUACGCGCUUUUCGUCCGACCAUUGCGUGGGAAUCCUGGUCCCUCCCGCCCUGGGGCCCGGUCAGCUCCGUGCAAUCGCUGCCAGCGAAGGAGCAAGGGUUGCGAGCCGCUGUGCCUGGGCGAAAUGCUGCUCAGGCACCCUAAAAGGGAGGUUUCCCCAACUCAUCCGAUCCGCCCUCCCUCUUUUCCCCCUUCCUCACCCACAGCGCAUCCCAGCAGCUAUCCACUCUUUUGUUCACCUUCCCGGCGUCAGCCUUACACUCUUUUAAAAACCAACCGUUAAAGAUCAACUUCGAUCGAUCCUCGCGAUCAACCGAUUUACCAAUUCUUCAAACCCAGUUCUCGUUGAUCUUUCUUCACUGAAACGAUCUCGUAACCGUCCGUCUCGUUCACGAUCCUCGACGACAACAACAACACACUCAAGUCAGCCGAUUCCGGUCCAACCAAUCAGUCACAAUGCAGUUCAAGAGCAUCAUCGCCGUCCUGGCCGCCAGCUUCGCCAUGGUGGCCGCCGAAGAGGGCGACACCACCACCACGUCGACCCAGACCCUGACCAAGACGGUCACCAUCACUGAGUGCAACCCGACGGCGACCAACUGCCCCGGCCACACCUCCACCACCACCUCCACCACCACCACCUGGGAGUCGGCGUCGUUCCCCAUGUCCAACUCGACCAGCACCGCCGGCCCCACCGCCAGCUCCUUCAUCAUCUCCAGCUCCGCCGUCAUCACCCCGUCGGCGAGCAACGGCGGGGACUCGCCUUCCCAGACCACCGGUCCCGAGCCCUCGGCCUCUACCGCCGCUGCCGGCAACCUGUUCGUCCAGCCCGCCAUGUUCCUCGGCGUCAUCGGUGCCGGUGCCGCUCUCUUCGCUUAAACGCGUCGGUGCGACUGCGCUGCGACGGAGGGGAUGGAUGGAAGGUUCAAUUAACUUGGCAUUGGCGACUAUACCCUGACCAACAUCUUUUGCCUGUUCUAUUCUUCAUGGUCUAUAUUACUUAAUUCUCUGGUGAUGCGGUGUUUGGAGCUUUUAUGGUUGGAAAUGACCGGGGGGGGGG